CACAACGCAUACUUUGCUUUGCUUUGCUCCACUUCCAGUCCCACCUAGUCACACUCUGCUCAAACCAAACCAAAACAAUUUAGAUUCAAAGAACCUCUUCAAAUCUUUUUCCCUUUCUCAGUCUCACAUAAAAUUUCAAAAUCAUUUUCUAGAAAAUGUCAGGGUACGUCGGAAUUUUGGUUUCAGAUCCGUCGCUCCAGAACCAGUUCACGCAGGUGGAGCUUCGGAGCUUAAAGACUCACUUUAUGAGCAUGAGAAGAGAGAGUGGAAAGCUUAUUGUGAGCGACUUGGCUUCGAGGAUGUCCAGAUUGAAGGUAGUCGGAGAGAAUCUCAGUGAAGAAGAACGAGCUUUGUUUAUUCAAGAUUUGUAUCCGAACAACCUCAUCGAUGAGGUUGAUUUCGAGCUUUUCUUGAAAGUCUAUUUGAAACUACAAGCGCAUGCCCAUGCAAGAACAGGAACUAAUGCAAAGAACUCAUCUGCAUUCCUCAAGGCUGCAACUACUACAUUGCUUCACACCAUUAGCGAAUCAGAAAAAUCAUCAUAUGUUGCACAUAUCAAUAACUACCUAGCAGAAGAUGAAUUUCUGAAGAAAUACCUCCCAAUUGAUCCUUCGUCUAAUGAUCUUUUUGAGAUUGCAAAGGAUGGAGUUCUUCUUUGUAAGCUUAUCAACGUGGCAGUUCCUGGUACAAUUGAUGAAAGAGCUAUUAAUACUAAGAGAGUGCUUAAUCCAUGGGAAAGAAAUGAAAAUCACACACUCUGCCUCAACUCUGCUAAGGCCAUUGGAUGCACUGUAGUCAAUAUAGGGACCCAAGAUUUCAUUGAAGGAAGGCGUCAUCUCAUGCUUGGACUGAUUUCUCAAAUCAUUAAGAUACAAUUGUUGGCAGACCUCAACCUGAAGAAAACACCUCAGUUGUUGCAGUUGGUUGAUGAUAGUAAGGAUGUGGAAGAGUUGAUGAGCCUACCUCCGGAGAAGAUCUUAUUGAGGUGGAUGAAUUUUCAUCUGAAGAAAGCCGGAUACAAAAAAAUAGUAACCAACUUUUCUUCUGAUAUAAAGGAUGGAGAAGCUUAUGCUCAUCUUCUAAAUGUCCUUGCCCCUGAACAUAGUAAUCCAUCUACAUUGGCUGUCAAAGAUCUGUUGCAAAGAGCAAAGUUAAUUCUUGAACAUGCAGAUAAGAUGGGUUGCCGGAGAUACUUAACUGCUAAGGAUAUUGUGGAGGGUUCCCCAAAUCUCAAUCUUGCUUUUGUUGCACAUAUUUUUCAGCAUAGGCAUGGGCUCUCAACCCAAACAAAACAAAUAUCUUUUCCUGAAACUUUACCUGAUGACACCCAAAUUUCUAGAGAAGAAAGAGCAUUUCGCUUUUGGAUCAAUAGUCUUGGAAAUUCAACAUAUAUAGACAAUGUCUUUGAGGAUCUUAGAAAUGGGUGGGUGCUUCUAGAAACUCUUGACAAGGUGUCUCCAGGGAUUGUUAAUUGGAAGAUUGCAAAUAAGCCUCCAAUCAAGUUGCCGUUCAGGAAAGUAGAAAAUUGUAAUCAAGUGGUAAAAAUAGGGAAACAAUUGAAGUUUUCCCUAGUUAAUAUUGCAGGAAAUGAUAUUGUGCAAGGAAAUAAAAAGUUGAUAUUAGCAUAUUUGUGGCAAUUGAUGAGAUACAAUAUCCUUCAACUUUUGAAGAAUUUGAGAUUCCAUUCCAAUGUAAAAGGAAUUACUGAUGCUGAUAUUCUAGAAUGGGCCAAUACGAAAGUGAGCAACUCAGGAAGCCAAAGUCGCAUGGGUAGUUUUAAGGAUAAACGUUUGUCAGACGGCAUUUUUUUCCUUGAGUUACUUAGUGCUGUUCAGCCUAGAGCUGUAAAUUGGGGCCUUGUCACAAAAGGAAUAACUGAUGAGGAGAAAAAGAUGAACGCCACAUAUAUCAUCAGCAUCGCAAGGAAACUUGGAUGCUCAAUAUUUUUGCUUCCAGAAGACAUAACUGAGGUGAAUCAAAAAAUGAUCCUUACAUUGACAGCUAGUAUUAUGUACUGGUUCAUGAAACAACCUGUGGAAGAGAAACCGUUUUCAGAUAGCGAAAAUGGAAGCCAGUCGGAAACAAUCUCAAAUUCAACAAUCGAUGACUCAGCCUCCGAGUCUUCAAUAGAAGAAAAUGGGAACAUAUAAAUAGGUGACCAUUAUUACUACAUACAUGCUCACAAUUCUGUUUGUCUUCUGAAGUUUCAUUUUUCUUCUUGAUUAAAAAAAAUUUGAUUGCAAAGUUGCUGUAUGACACCAUAGGAUUUGGAGUGUUCCUAAAGCAAAUUUUGCUAAAUAAUGCAAUUGCAUAUGUGAAUAGUUUUUCUUUCAUUUUUUUUUUUUUUUUUCUUUAAUUAAUACCUAUUGUAUCAACUGUAAUUUUGAUAACAGUACCCAAUUUCAUCA